AUGUGGUUGGAAGAAACGUAUCGAGGUGCAGAAGGCAUCGAAAAUCGUCGUGCUUAUGUUGUAUGCAAUGUUGAACAUCCGAAUGUUGAUAAUUGGCUUCGUACACCACGAAUAUCGAGGAAUGGAGCAAAUAGAUUGCAUGUUGAAAUAACAUUUACAAUGAGAGAUUGUAGUGAAUUUCCUGGAAAUGCUCGAUCGUGUAAAGAAACAUUUCGCUUAUAUGCGACUCAAUUAACAAAUAAUGAAAAAGAUCUGGAUGAUAUUUGGACAUCUGACUAUUGGGAUUUAAUUGAUGCGAUAGCAUCUGAUACUGGUCGGCAUUCGAAACACGAUACAUCGAUAACGACUGUAAAUAAAGAAACACGUAGCUAUACGAUCACAAAAGAUACUGUUUAUUUUGCUUUUCGAGAUUCUGGUGCAUGCAUCUCGAUUUUAGACGUUAAGAUCUAUUAUGAAGUAUGCCCUGAAAUAACGAAAUCAUUCGUACACUUUAGCCAAACAAUAACGGGUUCUGAAGCGCAUUCAAUUAUUGCAGUUCCAGGCAAAUGUGUUGCGAAUGCAAGUCCAACUUCUUCAGUGCAACAACCUACUUUUGUUUGUAAAGCAACUGGUUCAUGGGAUAUGCUAAACGGUGAAUGUUUAUGUGAUCCUGGAUAUAUUGCAUCAACGAAAUAUUAUGCAUGUAUUGGUUAG